AUGACUCCUAGACAGGUAGAUGAAGCGAUGAAGGACGGGGCUGCUGUGUUUAUGUUGACUGCAUCUAUGGAAGUGAAAGGUAAAGCGAUUACAGAGAAGAUUGGAGAGGUGGCUUACCGUAUUGCGUUGCCACCAAUGUUGGCAAAUUUGCAUGAAGUAUUUCAUGUGUCUCAGUUGAGGAAAUACAUAGCAGAUCCAUCUCAUGUAAUCCAAGUGGAUGACGUACAGGUGAAGGACAAUCUGACAGUUGAGACCUUGCUUGUGAGAAUUGAAGAUCGGAAGCUGAAGCAAUUACGUGGUAAGGAGAUAGCUUUGGUUCGAGUGGCUUGGGGAGGAGCAGCAAGUGGGAAUGUCACCUGGGAACUAGAGAGUAAGAUGAAGGACUCCUAUCAUGAGCUGUUCGCUUAA